AUGAGGGCCCCCAUCAGGCCUAGCUCACAGGGGAGAAUAAUGAACGUUAAAGAGGGAUGCGGGAUACUGUUGGAAUGCCAGAGAGUAUCUGGGAUUCUGAGGGACAGCCAAGCUAGCUGCAAGGCUGUGUGAGGCCCGGCUGGAUCCCUCAGAACUAGGUCUCUCGGGGCCGGUCCUGCCUUGCCCUGUUCUGCCCUGCCCCUGCCCUGCGGGACCCCCAGUCAACAGGAUUCAACGUACUGUCUGUCAUCAGCCAAUGGGCUGGGGCAGCAAGAGCGGGUCACACAGCCUAUUUCCUGUUUUCAAACAGGGAACUUAGAAGCUGCAGCUCGCCGGAGCCUGGAACAGAGGGGAGCUGAAGACGGCCAUGUGAUACUCCUCUGGGACCCCCAGACCCACACAGGGCCAGAGAGGCUUCAGCCUUGGAGCAUGGCAAGUCCCAAGCACCCCGGGAGCCCUGGAUGGACGGGACCCAUAGCCAAGUGCACAGCAGGGACCAAGCAGGAAGCAUCAGCCGCUGGCCGAGACCUCCCGUGUCCAGGACCCGAAGGGCACUUAGACGCUCACGGCGGCCCCAGCCCCAACUCCAGCAUGACCACCGGGGAGCUGCAGGAGUACUGGCGGAAGGAGAAGCGCUGCUGGAGACGCGUCAAGCUGCUCUUUGAGGUCACGUCCGCCCGCAUCGAGGAGAGGAAAGUCUCCAAGUUUGUGAUGUACCAAAUCGUCAUCAUCCAGACAGGGAGUUUUGACAGCAACAAAGCCGUGCUGGAACGGCGCUAUUCAGACUUUGAGAUGCUCCAGAAAAGCCUCCUCAAGACGUUCAGGGAAGAGAUCGAAGACAUCGUCUUCCCCAAGAAGCACCUGAUGGGCAACUUCUCCGAGGAGAUGAUCUCUGAGCGCAAGCUGGCCUUCCAGGAGUACCUGAGCCUGCUCUACGCCAUCCGCUGCGUGCGGCGGUCCCGCGAGUUCAUCGACUUCCUCACGCGCCCCGAGCUCAGGGAGGCGUUCGGCUGCCUGCGCGGGGGGCAGUACAGCCGGGCCCUGGACAUCCUGGUGCGCGUGGUGCCCCUGCAGGAGAAGCUGACGGCCCACUGCCCCGUGAUGGUGGUCCCGGCGCUGUGCGCCAUGCUCGUGUGCCACCGGGACCUGGAGCGGCCGGCCGAGGCGUUCGCGGCCGGGGAGAGGGCGCUCCAGUGCCUGCAGGCCCGGGAGGGCCACCGUUACUACGCCCCCCUGCUGGACGCCAUGCUGCGCCUGGCCUACGCGCUGGGCAAGGACUUCGUGUCUCUGCAGGAAAAGCUGCAGGAGAGCCAGCUCCGCAAGCCCAGCCCCUGGGGCUUCACGCUGAAGGAGCUCACCGUCCGGGAAUAUCUGUACUGAGCCCCUCUGGCGGGCUGGCCGGAGACUGUGGAUCGCCGCGACUCAGGGCGCUGUUUGGGGGGGGGGGGGGGAGGGCGGGGGCGGGGGGGUUGUGUUUAGUGGGAGGAGCCACUUGAGGCUCUAACUUGCUGGGUGACCUUGGACAAGCCCCUCCUCUGGUCCUCCACAUCCCCAUCUGUGUGGAUCGGAGGUGCUCCCCGGGGGCCCUCGGAAGCCUCUGCUUGUGUCGUGGGUCCCUUUGAUGCCAGGCUCACCUCGUCUGGAAACCACAAACCCAGCUGCCAAAAUGCCGGAGCGUAAGAUCCAGCUUCCUGAUGCUUUUGUGCGUCGCUGGAGGGGAGGUUUACAUUGCACGCCGUGGACAAAGCUUAACCCACUUCCUCCAGGCAGCUCUCCCCACCAGCUGUCUGUCUUUCCUCUCUGCUCCUCCUCCCUGGGCAUUGCCUGCAAAGAUCGCCUCCAUCAUCCUAACUAUUCCAGCUCUUCUCUCUUAGCCUGUAGACCCGGCGCAGCAAAAACAAAAGCUCACCCAUAGCUCCUCAAGGCCAGCUUGUCACCGAGGUGGGGUGUAUGUUACCCUUUCAAAGGUGGGAGGACACUGGGCUAGAACGUCAUCCGGUCAUAAGAUUCUGUGAAACGAGGCAUUUUUAGGAAGGGAAGUUGCCAACAAUUCUCUGGUUAGGAUGCUAUAACUCAGUGUCCAGGUGGGUUUUCAUUUAUAAGGCACCUGGCCCUUGACGGGGCUCCCUGAGUUACAUAGACAUAGCCCCAAAAAGAGGUGGGGGAUGAUACCCAGUGCAGCCUCUGGGAAGAACAGAGAAUGAAUGCUUAACACCUCCCCAUUUGAGGGGCAAUGUUCUUGGAACCCCUCUGAUGGGUUGGGAUGCCCUUGACUGGAGUCCGCUAUCAGGAAAGGACACCAGGAGCUCAGAGUGGAGGGGGAGCCUGGACCCAUAACCUAGGUUCAACACCGGGCCUGAAGCCGAUGGUCCAGGCUGGUUUGGGGCAAUAUGUGCUUGAGGCUGGAAGUCCCUGAAGACCUAAACCAUCUGGCUGAGCUUAUCAGAGUGAACUAAAGAGCCUAUAACUUGGCAUCCUCGUGCGGGGCACCAGUUUGGCCCGUGCAGGGAUCCAGGCUCAGCAAAGGGAUCACUGUAGCAGGGACGGGGCCUUCACCAAACUGCACCAGAAGGUGUUCAACAGCGACACCAUGUGACAGCAGCUGGAGUGGCCCAAUCAGGCUCUGCUCUGGAGGCGAGAAACAGCGGGACACCUUGGGACAAAGAAAGCCUCAGGUCUCUCAAUUUACUGCGGGAGAAGGACACUUUUGAGUGGGAGACGUUGGACCGCUUGAAAAUCUGGGCACAGAGAAAAUUAAAGUGUUCAGUGGAAAAAUAAAAGGUCGUGACUCUAUUUGCAAUAGUAAAGAAGACCUUCCUGAUUGUAUAAGUCAUUUCAUCAAAUGUAAAAUGCCACCUCGACUCUCGGGCGCCCCAAAUAGUCACUCAGAAGGAAAAAAAUGCCCAAUCCGGGAAGUUUAAUAGGAGUUUCCAGCAAGAUGCUGGGAGAGCAAAGAGGUAGCUCCCCACGUAAGGGGCAACGUGGGAGAAACCAGCUUCAGAGAAAGGGACAAUCAAGAAAUGCAGGAAUCAAAUUUGGCACGAGGUGAGGGGUGGGAAUCUCCUUCUCGAAUCCGAACUGCAAGGUUUGGGGUCUGAACACAUACAGUGUGGUGCACAAUACUUCCAGCAGAGAGGUGUCUUCUCCCUUCCCAGUCUUCCUCCUGUCCACACGCCCCCAUCCAGGGCCCAGGGAGUGCCAGGUGGGAGCACCGUGCCAGCCUCACCCAGGUCCAGGAACCCCAUUCUGGGCACCCAGGCCCUAAGCCUGAGGGGGCUUUUUCCCAUGAAGGCCUCCUGUUGGCUGGGGUCAGGUUACCUGGUGAGCCCCUGUGCCUGGGAUGCUGCUCUCCUGCCUGAACCUGAGCCGGGAUGGGAGGAUGGCACUGCGUGU